CACCGGGCUGACUGUUAGAGUUGCUUUACUUCACUAUCCACCCCAUAGACUGUAGAAAGAUCCUCACUGAUUAUAAAAAAAAAACCCGACAUCGGUUAAUAAUCCAUUUGUGGAUGAGGGAGAUUGUGUGUGAGACAGAGAGAGAUUAACGGUGAGCGCGCAGCACGCCCCCGUGUCGGCCAUCCAUCCGCGGUGAAAGUGAACAUGACGGCCCGGUCUGUGCGGUUCCUGUCCGGAGCCCUGAAGCCCGUGUACUGCAACCAGUUGUCCAGGAUUUAUGGUGCAGCUACAUGUCACCAGAGACACAAGUCCACGUACACUAUUAUACCUCCACCGGCACGGUAUGGAGGCAGACACACCGUGACUCUGAUUCCAGGAGAUGGCAUCGGACCAGAGCUGGCCAACCACGUGCGUGAACUCUUUCGGUUCUGCUGUGUGCCAGUGGACUUUGAGGUUGUCAAUGUGGACUCGUCUGUGGCCUCAGAAGAUGACAUCAAUGAUGCCAUAACGGCCAUAAGGCGCAAUGGAGUUGCACUAAAAGGUAACAUUGAGACCAACCACAACUUGCCACCAUCCUACAAGUCCAGAAACAACCUGCUCCGCACCACUCUGGAUCUGUAUGCCAAUGUGAUGCACUGCCAGUCUCUACCUGGAGUGAGAACACGCCACAGCAACAUCGACAUCAUGAUCAUCAGAGAGAACACAGAGGGAGAGUACAGCAGCCUGGAGCACGAGAAUGUACCGGGCGUUGUUGAAUGUCUGAAGAUCAUCACCAAGACCAAAUCCUUACGCAUCGCUGACUACGCAUUUAGAAGUGCUCGGGCCAAAGGCCGCAGACGAGUCACUGCUGUACACAAAGCUAACAUCAUGAAGUUGGGCGACGGCCUCUUCCUGGAGUGCUGUAAAGAGGUCGCCAGCGGUUACCCUGAAAUCACCUUCGACAGUAUGAUUGUGGACAACACUACCAUGCAGCUGGUUUCCAGGCCGCAGCAGUUCGAUGUGAUGGUCAUGCCCAACCUGUAUGGCAACGUUGUGAGCAAUGUGUGUGCCGGGCUGGUUGGUGGGCCGGGCCUGGUGCCUGGAGCCAACUACGGAGAGGACUACGCCGUGUUUGAGACGGGCACCAGGAACACCGGGAAGAGCAUCGCUAACCGCAACACAGCAAACCCCACGGCGAUGCUGCUGGCCUCCUGCCUGCUGCUGGAUCACCUGAAGCUCCACGACUUUGCCAGCAUGAUCCGCAACGCCGUCCUCUCCACUCUCAGUGAGACUCGGCUGCACACUCCUGACCUGGGAGGCCAGGGCUCCACCUCUGAAGUGGUCGAGUCCAUCAUGAAUGCUGUUCAGAGCACCGGGCCCCGGACACUGAGCAUCUAGAACAAACACACAUUAAUGUGCAAACUCUCUCACCCAGCAGAGAUGUGUAUAUUAGUGUGCCUCUCUUGAGUGUGUCUUCUAUGCAAUCUGAUAAAAAACACCAGCGAGUUGUUUGAUGGUAAUACUGAAAUUAAACUGUACACACAAACAGUUUGUAUGCCUAUGCAAUAUGUUUUAUUUCUCCAUACAUGUGCGCUCCUGUUAUGUGCAGAAAUGCACAGAAAUUACACUUUUACACUUACAGUUUGUUUCCUGAGCACUUUGUUUGAAUCUUUACUUUACAUGAAACCAUCAUACUGUUUACUGUUUGAGUUACGCCCCCUCCAUUGCAUGUGUUUUAGUUUGGUUAUUUUAUUAGUUUAUUUAUUCAUUACUACUGAAACACAGCUUUCCUAACACUGAAUGUAUUGGGCAACAUUUUCGCACUGUCGAUAUGAGCCCUGCACCUCUAAUAAAGCUCACGCCCCUAUAGCUCA